CGACGCGUCCAUCCACGUGAUCUCAUCAUGGUUUUUCCGAUUUCAAAUUCUACGAUCUCUCCAGCACAUCACCGUCACCACCCAAGACGCAGAAUUUGAGGCCUGGCGUCCACCAGAAUUUUUCAAUAAUUGUGACCGGCAACUUCAAGUACGUCGGAUCGUCGGAGUCAAGAUAUUUCUUUCGAUAAUAGAGCACCUUCCAAUACGCCAUCUUUGCUCGCGUAGUAUGGAAGAUUUGGUUCAAGCUAGUACAACAACACGCCAUUCCCUUAGUAUUCCACCUGAACUCAUCAACGAAAUCAUCGAUUACCUCUGGGAUGACAAAGACGCGCUCAUCGCCUGUUCUUUCGUCUGCCGACUCGUCUACCUCCGCACCCGUGUACACCUCUUACACAGCAUCGAGCUCAAGCACACACCCGACGAUUCAGUCUCCCAAAGCAUCCUCCCAUACAUCAAGAGCAUCACGAUCAGCCAAGGCUCCAGUCCAAUCCCCAGCCUAACCCCAUUCCUAUCAACCCUCCCAAACCUAACCACGCUCUACCUCGACAGACUCCAAUUCCCCGAUCCAUGGUCGCUCCACCAUCUCAUCGGUCAGCUCCCCAGGUUGACAAGCCUCGAAUUGACUGCGAUACGAUUCCGGCAGGAUUUUCUCGUAGAGCUCGGGAGCGUUGAUGGGUCGUUUCCGAAGAUCAACAAGAUAUCGAUGUGGGGGACGUCGUUCCAUGCUUCCGUCGUGGAGUUCCUCAUCCAUCGAAGGGAGCUACGAGUGGUAUAUGUGGACUCCCUGCGUGAGCUUUGUAUCAUGUACCCUGCUGGGGAAUAUCUCUCUUCGAUAUGCGCGUUUGUCCGCGCGGCAAGAUCAUUGAGGAGCUUGGAGAUUCGUAUCGAUAGAGUUGAAUACGUAAUGUCGGAAUGGCCGGCUCAGCCUGACGUGCUUCCCCUGACGAUGUCGACGUUGAAGAUUGAGAUGGAGUGUAGUGAACGCGGUUGGCAUAUGAAAGUCAUGAGAUGGUUGCUCGAUUCUCUGACUGGCGCUGAUGGACCCAUCAUGGUGGAGACACUUAUGUUGAUGGUCGUGCCUCCCACGCUUUUUGAUAGCUUCACUAUGGAUGACAAUGAUUGGGUGAGGCAAUGGUCAAGGUUGGAUGAGAUCCUAACAGGCCGAGACAUGAAGGCGUUUCAACGGAUGAAGGUGACAUUUAACUCUCACGUUGAUGACCCUUCUUCAUGGGAAGGAUCGCAUUUCAUAGAGUGGGUCCAUAAAACACUCCCGCUCGUGGAUAAAAGAAACAUGCUUGAUGUAGAUAUCGUUGAGGAUACAAAUUGAAAGAUGGAAUAGCAGAGUUUUCUCCUCGCGUUCAAUAUUUAUCCGACGACUAGCUUCCUUCGAUCGAUCGAUCGAUGGCCAAACUCACCACGGCUUACUUGAACCACCCAUUCGAUAAUUUGACAAGGAGAGCUAUGAUUCAGCAGGAAGCUUCGAAUG